AUGGCCGACGAGACCCCCAGGAAAGGCGCCCUGUCGGCGCUCGUCGGACACACCAACGGCCUCACCAAACCCGCGUCCCUCGCCGCGGCCGCCGUCUCCUCCAAGCCCGGCGGCGGCAGCGGCGGCGGCGGCGGCGGCGGCUCCAAGAAACUAGUGAUCAAGAAUUUCCGAGACAGACCUAAAUUGCCCGACAACUACACUCAGGACACCUGGCAGAAGCUUCACGAGGCGGUGAAAGCCAUACAAAGUAGUACCUCCAUCAGAUACAACCUGGAAGAGCUCUACCAGGUGAGGCUCCGCCCGUGGCGAAAGGUAGACCUCGUUGGGGUUCGCACUGGGACACGAAUGCGGAAUGUUCGUAGAACUGCAGGACUUGAGGGCUGGUCUCGUGUCCGCUCCCUUACUCGGGUGCUUGGAUAUAACGUGUAAGUAAGUUACCCGACUCCAGUGGAGGGUGGCACAGACGUGGAUGGUGUGGUCCUCGGGAUUGCUUCAGAGCCGAUAAUGAAGGAUGUCCUAGAAGUGCGAGACUUGCUCCUACAAGAGCAGUAGGAGUCCUAUGACAUCUGUCCCCCAAGUCAUUGAGUGUUUUUGUUUUCUGGUGGUUGUGGGAUUUUUAUUUUUCGGGCUCAUGCUACCGGGAAAGAUAUUUAAAGUUAUCUCAUUACAGGAGAAAGAUACAUUUCUGGUAGCCACAUGACUCUCAUCGUUUUCCAAAUAAUGCAACAAAUUACUAUUAUAAUUACGUUGUGUUAUGUACGACACUUAUUACGGUUUUACUUGUUAACAUAGGUUUUCUCUCCAUUUUGUUUUGUGAUUAUUGUAAUUAAGAUAUGCAAACAGAUUUUGUUACAUUUCAUUUAAAGAUGUUCCAUUUCUAACAUAAAUGGUCAUAAGUAAAUAUUACUUUGCAUUUUCUGUUUAUCAGCAGACUGGCUUUUCCUGAUCUUAUUUCUCAAAUAGCAUUCAUUAACUAGUCUAUCACCUAUGUUUUAGGUAACAAUAUGAUACCACAAUUUCUAUGAAGAGACUUGAAGUAAAAAUUUUUUGUUUGCCUAAAAGUGUUUGUUAUAAAAAUUGUGGAGAUUACAAAAAAGUACAAAGGGGAAAAUUAAAACCACCUAUACUCCCACCACCCAAGGAAGACCACUAUUGACAGUUUGAUGGACAUACAUCCCCUCUUUGUAUUAAGUUUGUGUGAGUUUAUUAUGUUUUUUGAUCAACUUUUUAAGGUAUACAUAUAACAUGUACUUCAAUAAGUUUUAUAUUGAGGUAUAAAUAACCAUCACCACAAUAAAAUAUAGAAGAUUUACAUCACUUCAA